GCGCAGCCUACCCCAACUUCGACUUCGAGAUGGCACCUCUGCUUUCACGCACCCUUGAUCCGCUCCUGGGCAUCUUCACUGGCGUGUUCGCCUACUAUCUGUACGAGAACAACCCUCGAAUUGCUCUCCCGGAAGACCAACGGUUGGGAGCCCUCGUACAAUGGAAGCUGGACAGAUGGAGACAGGAGCGCGAACGGAAACUCACGGCUGGCGAGCCUGACGUAGACUUGAACGCCAUACGUGCGGCAGUGGAGAAGGAGUGAAGCAUCACUUCGCAAAGCUGAGGAUCCCAGGUCCAGUGCGGCAUCAGUUCCGCUGAACGAGCUCCCGGACCAUUUCCAUGAUUCCGUAGAAUACCUUCUUCUCGUGGACCGUCAGACCUAGAUCCUCCUCUGCCUCGGCGGUCUUUCGCAAAGCCAAUCCUACCACUAUAGGUCGCCGCUCCGCCUCCAUGAAUUCCUGGACUUCUUCCGUCCAUAUCACUGUCGCGAUCUGCGAAACAUACAAGGAAUGCAGCGUGUGCAUAUGAUCCGAAGGGGCACUCCCAAGGAGCGGCGUCAGCUGGAUGGCGGGAGGUGGUGGUGGUAAGGGUAUGACAUUGGGCUCGGAUGGGUCGGGCGGUGGUGC